AUGGGUUUGCUAACAGAUCCCAGAGCUGGAACCGGCAAGAUCAUAAAGCUGUUAUUAAAAUGGGAGAAGCUAUUGUGCUUUACAUUGUACGCGGGAGGAGUGAUAUGGUUGAUGCUCUUGGCGUUGCCGGCAUUUAACGAUAAUACCUACUUUUCGGAGAAUGCCCUACUGCCUGGAUUAGUCACAAAGGAGAGUAAUAUGGAGCACACAUCUAAGCAGUACUACUAUGAACUAGUUCAUGAAAUGCGAAGAUAUCCGGAUAGUAUGCCUCAUGCAUGGUUGUCAGCAAAAUUCAGUCAGCUUCAUUUAGAUGUGUUUACGCAUAACUUUUCCUUGAUCUAUCCAUUCCAAGAACAGAAGUUUACAGGUCAAAAUAUUUAUGGUAUUGUUAGAGCUCCACGAGCUGCCAGUACAGAAGCUAUAGUUGUCAGUGUGCCAUAUAGGCCUACUAAUAGCAUUUAUUUGGAUACAGCACCUUCAAUAGCGCUAUUACUUGCAUUUGCAAAGUUCUGUAGAAAACAGAAGUAUUGGGCAAAAGAUAUAAUAUUUCUUGUAACAGAACAUGAGCAGUUGGGUAUGCAGGCAUGGUUAGAUGCAUACCAUGGUGUUACUAGUGGUCAGGAAGGAAUAUUGAUGGCAGGAGAUUUGUCAGGAAGAGCAGGAUCUAUUCAAGCUGCUAUCAAUUUAGAGUUCCAUGCAAUGAAAAUUACAUCAAUUGAUGUUAAGAUAGAAGGACUAAAUGGGCAGUUACCUAAUUUGGAUCUCUUUAAUUUAGCACAAAAUAUGAUAGCCAAAGAAGGAAUUCGACAGUCCUUCCAAGGUCGGUUUGAUGUCAAUUAUAGAGAUAAAUUUAGAAGCUGGUGGUAUCACUUUAAUACAUUAAUGAGUAUGAUAGCAACACAAGCUACUGGAAUUCCAACUGGUAAUCAUGGACUCUUUCAUAGAUUUGGCAUAGAAGCUAUUACAUUAGAAGGCUUUGAGAAAUCUGGACAAGGAUCAGAAGCGAAUUUCUAUCAAGUAGGACGAGUAGUAGAGAGCAUAGUACGAUCGCUUAAUAAUUUGUUGGAACGUUUUCAUCAAUCAUAUUUCUUCUAUCUAUUGCCAUCCACCGAUCGAUAUAUUUCUAUUGGAUUAUACAUGCGACCUUUGGUGCUAAUAAUCACCAGUGUGUUCAUAAAGGCGUUUUCUAUUUGGCAAAUAUUGCAAACCUCCAGUAGUUCUGAUGAGACAAAGAGGGACAAGCAGAGCUCAACGAACAAGAUUGAAGAAUUCGACAUUGGAAGUGUCGCAUCCGAGGUACUGUGGGCACACAUAUUCGGAGUAUUAGUAAUGGCUUCCCCUCGUUUCUUCACUUUAAUUGGCUCGCAAAUAUUGAACUUGCAUACAGAAGAUACACUGUAUGCCAGUUUCGCCCUUAUCACGAUUCUCACGUUGUUGUGGCGGCUUUAUUUGCGAAGGUCGGUCAGAUACGAAGAUCUGUCCCUUAUCUGCGUUAUCGCAUCAAUCGAGCUUGCUACUGCGUUGAUGUGCAUAGCGAUGCACAACUUUUCAUUAGCAUUACUGACUGCCGUUGUAUAUGUGCCAGUCGUUUUGCUAAUAACACCCCGCCAUGAGUCCGUCAAGUUCAGGUUUCGUGGCUGUCUGUACGUCGCGUGGAUCGUACUGCAUCCGUUCAUCGCGUCGGCAAUCGUCGUGCUGGGUUACACGUAUUUCAAUUUCUUUACCGAUCCGAUCGUGUCGUUGCUCUUUAGGAGCUACUACGCCAACAAGCAGGCGAUCGUGUUCAGUAUCGUUGACUCCAUGAUAUACGGCAAUUGGUUCUACAACAUCAGUACCGCCGUUAUGCUACCGAUUUGGCUGUUGUUUUGGAACGUCAUGCGCUCCAGCGCUGCGUGAUGAUGAUGAUUUCGUAAUAAAACGAUUAUAAAACUCA